CUCUCCGCUCCUCCUCUUGCUAGGCUACAUAAGCGUCCACGCAUGCGAAGUGACGCUCCCUUCAUUUGAGCGCAAGCAGCACAAAGCACAGCCUGUUGACCACCAUGGCGGAUGAGGAUUUCAACACCGGACACUCAGGGGCUUCUACUACGUACCCCGUGCAGUGUUCCACACUGAGGAAGAAUGGAUUUGUCAUGAUUAAAGAUCGUCCCUGCAAGAUCGUUGAGAUGAGUACCUCCAAGACUGGCAAGCAUGGGCACGCCAAGGUUCACCUUGUUGGACUUGACCUCUUUACUCAGAAGAAGUGUGAAGAUCUCUGCCCAUCUACCCAUAACUUGGAUGUCCCACAUGUAAAUAGGAAGGAGUUCGAGGUUGUCUGUGUCGUGGACGGUUUCUUGACCCUCAUGGAUGAUAAUGGAGAUACCAGAGAGGAUCUUAAAGUGCCGGAGGGUAAGCUGGGCGAUGAAAUCGAAGAGAGAGUUGACGCAGGCGAAUCAGUUAGGGUCACUGUGUUAGAAGCUAUUGGUGAAGAGCAUGUCAUCUCCUGUAAGAACACGAAAUAAGUAAAGUACAAAGCUGGAGACCUUACAGUCUUGUCCUCCGUUAUGGUUUUCAAGCCUCACCAAAGCUAUUGGCCUUCACCCCUCCACCAGUUUCUCUGCUGGUCAAUUUAAAAUCCAGAUUCCUGGACUGGCUCGGCUUCUUCAGCUGCACCUCAGGCCUGGGGCAGCCUGGCAAUCUCUACAAUCAAUGAAGUUUUCAUCCCUUAGCCAUCACAUCUUAAUUUUGUCGGUAUUGAUAUUACUCCAGGUAUUCUUUUCAACAUCCCAGUAAUUAAUAACAUUCCUUUUUUAUAGUAUUUGUGAUAUGCUUUUGUCCCACUGUGUGCAUUCCAUCAAAUUGUUCAUUCAUUUUUGAUUUGCCUGUAAAAAUGUAUUUCAAUUCUCCUUUACAGUUUAGCUACUCCACCUUCUGUUUAUCUAAAAUUUCUCCUUAAGUGAUUUUUAUUUCUGCUGACAUUAAAUUUUAAGCAAGCUCCAGAUCCUCUCUGUGCACAUGUCAGAAAACCCCAAAAUACAGCUUUUUGUAUUGUCUUUCUGCCCUCUGAAAAUUAAUGCAUGCAUUUACAUGCAAACUACAAGUUACUUCUGCGGUUAUACAUUUCUGUAAACGGAAUAAUUAAAUUUACUCUUUUGGGCAAGUUUUCAACUGCAUCUAGCUGCCUCUCAGUAAAAUUGUCCUUUUCUAGCAGGGAAAUGUCUCAGCUGAGGGUUUUUGGGUGGGGCCAUUUUCUCAAAAGCACUUUGAAACCUUUUCUUUUCACUUGAGGCCUUUUUAUGAGCUGACUGUUGUAUAGAAGCUGAUUUUGAGUGAACAUGUCACUGACGACCUUUACUACUCUACAACUUUGUUGGAAGUUUAGUUUCAAUCAUUACAUUAUUACAGUUCUAAAGAUAUUGACACUUCAUGGCACAAAAUGGUGAAAACAAGAAACUGUUAAGUCUUAUAUGAUAGCUCUAAAUCUAAUUGGUUGAUAUCUUGCAGUUUAUCCAUGUCUUGUGAUAGGAAGACAUCGGUGCCCAAAAACAAAAUAUUGGUGUUGGCCUUAAGCUAUAUCCUAGGUGUUGGAGUUAGAUAGUUGUCGAACAAAUUUGGUGGUGUUUGCAUUUAAUGGGAUUUUAAGUGUUUUGUGCAGUCACACUCUGAAAGGCUUUGCAGCUCAAAUGGAGGAUGAUUCACCGGGUUCACAUCCACACAGAAUAACAUUUGUGUAAACAUUGAUAACAUGGCAAGAAGUCAAUGUGUUCACAUGCAGUGGGUUGACCUGGUUGUCAGGUCAUCUGUUUUCUCCCCUACCGUCUAGAACACAAGUAAAUUCAAACUAAGUGGAAUAUUUUAAGUGUGUUGGCAAUAUAUUUGAAGUUUGAAAUUCACAAAUCACUUGCUGUCCUUUUUUCUAAAAUGACUUAUUUUGACGUGUUGCUUUCAGUGCUGGUUUAGUUUGACAUUCAGUUACAAAAAUGAAUAACUGAGUUGCAUUGUUUUUCAACUUCUGUCUCAGCAAAACCCUUCUCAAGUUUUUCGUUCAAGUGAUGAAUCUGUGCUCCUAAAAAAAAUUCAAGAUAGCAAUUUAGUUAAAUGUAUGCAUGGGCAAAUCUGAUAUCUCCAGCAGAAAUCCCUUAAUGGGGGGGGGGGGGGCUUAGAGAAAUGUAAACCUGACAAUGAAAUAACUGAAACAUCUGUUACCAAACUGUGGUAUUGACAUUGGAAGGUAAUCUGUUUUAGCUUAAGAGUUCUCCUUAGUGCAACGGCAGCAGGUCUGUUCUUUUGUUCUGACCUCAUUCCACCUGAAGUACUUUUUUUCUUCUGUCAAUACACCAAAGGUUUCCACUGGGUUUUGUUGUGUGUAUUAAGUGUUUAUUUCCUACCUGGUUUUGUUCAGUGUGUCCCUGACUCAUCAUCUUAGCUGUUCCAACAGUGGCUUCCAUUUCUAACUGUCACCUACCUGGCCAUCUAGACUAUGACCUGUGUUACCGAAUGACCAAGCAGCAGUACACUGCACCUGCAGAUAACAAAACGUGACAUUUCAAGUUUGAUAAGUCAUAUCUUCAAACAGGAGGAAUUGUCUGACAAGUGGGAACUCUGCAUCGCAUUGCUACCUGCAGGCUGUUUUGUAUCUGUUGGCUUAUUGGACUAGUUUUUUGGCAAAUGGGUGGACGUGCAAAGACGAAUAGCAGUCCACAACCGCUUUAAGCCAGAGGUGCAUCAUUAUGAUUAUAUCGCUCUCAGGGAGAAGAUUGUGUGGGAAACCAAAACGGAUCAUAUGCAAAAUACAGGAAAUGCAGAGUAUGUGGCAGUAAAAGCUGGAUAAAAGUUGAGCAAGUUUUCGCAUUUAACCGUGGCAGUGUAGAGUCCAUUUUUUUGGUUAUAAGCAUUUGAAAAACAUUGUUUUUACUCUAGUACCUCCUUUUUAAAUGCAUGUGACUUUCAAGAUGGUACGAAUAUGUCAUCAGCAGUGAGGCGUACUAUUUGCCCACCAUCUCUACAUCUGUAACAGAAGACAAGUCUUCCUUAAGCCAUAUUCUAGCCCUGUUACAUUUGUUUAUAACCAAGGUCAGAUGCAGGACAAUGGACUUGAUUCCCACCCGCAGUUCUCUCUCUGGCCUCUGAUAUGUAGCACUCAAUUCCCACCACACAUCUCAUUAAUGAUCCUCUUACCUUUUCGCUUAAAGGCGUCUCCCACUCAGACUAUUAGGACUGACCUCGGGUUCCACUUAAGACAAUGUUUACACUAUAAAGGGAGACCACCCCAACCUUGGCUUCUGCAAGGGACACAACUACAUAAAAAAAAAAGAAAAAAAAUAGUAUAUCAUGAGGUCAGAUUUUCUCAGGGCUUCAAAUUGAGUGUUAGGAAAUCUGUUACGUUAGUGGUGUCUGUAGUGAGGUUCAUACGAUUGUUAUCGUUUUUUCUUUUCUUUUUAAUUAGAAGCCCAUAUUUUUAUGGAGUUGGAGUUUGUUAAAUUCAUCUUUCUUUCCUCUGGCACCUGAUGUCAGAGACAUUAUUUGCUUCACAAUUUCUCUAUCUCUUUCUCAUUACUUCAUUAUUCUGAUAAGAAACAGUGGCUUAUAUCUUUUGUUUUAGACCACAGGUACAAUAGGAGAGUUGGUCUUGUAUUCUCUUUGUUUUCGUUGUGUAUUCUGAGGAACGUGGGUGAAGGGUAUUUCCCCAGGGUGGUUGUAACAGGUUCUGAGGGGGAAACUGACUUUAAGCCUCUUCUGGAACAUAAAGAUGCAAAGAUUUCUCUCUCCUCUAUUCUAAGAAAUGUAUUGCUGCUGUCUUAAUAAUCACAACUGUUUGUUUUUAUCUUGAGGCAAAAAUAAAGUUACUGGCCACGAGA